AUGGCCCAGAGGUCCCAUUCUGGUGAACAGAGUGCUCAGCCAGGUUCCCUCCCAGCUGCUCCCAGCAGCUCCCAAGGUGAGACACAAAACCUUUCGUCCAGCACCUUCAGGUCCCGGCUCAGUAACCAAGACUCUCAGUCCUGCCCCCAGACUCACCGGUCCAGCACCCCAACUCGCCGGGUCAGCAUCCAAGAGCCCCUGCCUAUUGUCCACAGUCGCCGGGUCAGUAUCCAAGACUCCCAGUCCAGCACCCCAACUCGCCGGGUCAGCAUCCAAGACUCUCAGUCCAGCACCCCAACUCGCCGGGUCAGCAUCCAAGAGCCCCUGCCUAUUGUCCACAGUCGCCGGGUCAGUAUCCAAGACUCUCAGUCCAGCACCCCGACUUGCCGGGUCAGUAUCCAAGACCCUCUAUCCAUCAACAGUCAGCGACUCAGUAUUGAGGACACGACACCCGUCAUCGGCUCUCACCAGGCCAGCAUACAAGACCCACCAUCCGUCAUCUACAGCCGCCAGUUCCACACCCGAGAUGCGCCCCCAGUUUUCCAAAGUCGCUUCUUCAGCAACCAAAACCCCCUGCUAACUACUCGCACCCCUCUGACCAACAUAAAAUCAGUGACCUACCACAGCCAACUUAGUGUCCAGAGUCCCCAGUUAAGUCUUCAAAGCUCCACUUCACCAGUGCGGGCCAGAGUCGAUGUCCCCCUUUCAAUUACUCACAGUCCUGAGGCCAGUAUCAAAAGUGUCGAGUCAAUUGUCUGGACCUCCCAGGAGACCAUCAGAGACUCUUCGACCAGCUCCCAAAUCAGCCAGUCCAUCCUGGAAAACAACACUCAGAACUUACCAUCAGCCUCCUUCGAGAACAGUGCUGGCAGGUGUCUGGACAAGUAUAGGCUCAGCCAUUCUCAGCUGCCCAUGGGCUGGUGGCUGCUGCAUGAGGCCAAGAGGAUCAGCCGCCAGCUGAACCUACUGCUGAGCCUGGCCAGCAUAGUCAUCAUCGGCCUCAUCUCUCUGGGCCAGCCCUGGAUCCACUUCCAGGUGCCCCUGGCACUCCCUGGGGACCCUGGCUUCCGAACCAUCUCCAUCGACACCAUCUUGUUCAUCCGCUGCCCGGAUGUGGCCUGCAUGCACGAGUAUGACCAGAAUGCUUACUUGCUGGACCUUACCUGGGCCUUCCUCCUGGUUGCCAGCGUGACCAACUUCAUCCUCUGCAUCAUUCUAAUAAACAUCAUCUUCUCCACCAACUCCAACGUGCCCUUGCUGGACUUCUCCAAUGUCAUCAUCACUGCCCUCACAGGGACCAGCAUGAUCCUGGGUAUUCUGUUCUACCUGAUGCAGGCCCGGGAAUACCUGCAGGAAGGCAUGACCUACAAACUGGGGUGCAGCUUCUACCUGGCAUGGACCGGAGUCUUCUUCUUUGUGAUGAUUGGUCUCUUUUCCUAUUUGAACUACAUAAAUUUCUGGUCCCUCCUGGCGAACCAGGCCAUCUGGACUUAA